CUCUAGUGACUUUGACUUAUAUCCUUUAUACCAAAUAACAAUACCAAUACCAUUGAUUAAAAAAAUGAGGCUACAUUGGAUUACCCAUAGUUCCCUUCACCUUUCCCUUAAUGCAGCGUAACAAAGCCAAAAGAGAAGAAAACAAACGUACAUGUGUAAGAAGCCUUCUAAAAAUUAUCGUAAUAAAGUAGGGCUGGCAAUUUGGUGCAGGACUGUUUGGGUUUACUCGAAAUCGGACCGUAUAACCCGGACCGGGAUCGGACUGGGACCGGAUAGCAAACAAUCCAAUCUCAUAUUCGGGCUUAGAUUUGAGGUAAAAAACUCGGAUAAAGACCGAAUAAGAGACCCCAACACUCAAAUCCCCACAAGCUCAAUCUAAAAUCAAAUUGGGACCGGACCGGGUCAAGACCGGAGUGUAUCCAAUCCAAUCUUUGGUCCUUAUAUUCCCGAAAAGACCGGACUGGGACCGGAUCAAUUUGGUCCAAUUUAACCGGAUCGGACCGUCUAGCCACCCCUAUAAUAAAGGGAUGUAGUAUACGAUAUGAAAAGGUUACGCAUAAAAUACGUAUGAAUAUUAUACUUCGUUUCUAAUCUUAUAUAAUGUUUAAUAGUACGUUAAUAUUCUUAAGUAUACUAAAUUAGUUAUUUUAAAAAUAAAUAAAUAUCUAAAUAAUAAUACCGCUAACAAUUUAAUUCAUUAAGGGAGAAGCCUUUCUAGACUGGAGUCUUGCUGCUGCGGGUGCAAUUAUGGGCCCAAAUACAUCCCUCUCCAUCCCAAUAUUCCACUGCCACUUCGGAUGAUUAUUUUUACCUGCAUACCCCUCCGUGCUCUGCGCAGGAUGCAGGGAAAUUCCAAUUAAUGAGGUCCUGAAAUAGAACCUCUAUAUAGUAUUUGUAGGAUUGUACGUUAUAUUUAGGAGAGAGAUCAAUUGUGGCCUAGGAAGGAGACAAAUGAUUCCUUAAUUAAUGUUGUGUGAUAAGGGGUGGCUAUACGGUCUGGUCCGGUCCGGUUAAAUUGGUCCAAAUUGAUCCGGUCCAGUUCGUUCUUUUUAGAAAUAUGAGGACCAAACAUUGGAUUAGAUACGGUCCGGUCUUGAUCCGGUCCGGUUCCAAUUUGUUCUUGAUUUUAUAUUGAGCUUGUGGGAAUUUGAGUGACCUAAGGCCUGAAAAGGUAAGGAGUUGGUUAAGUUUUGUACUAAGUGCAAAGGUUUGUGACCAUUUAAGCAAAUUACCCUUAAGUUUUGGGUGUUGAGCUCUCUUAUCCGGUCUUUAUCCAGUUUUCGAUCCGGUCCCGUACGAUUUUUUUACCUCAAAUCUAAGUCCAAAUAUUGGAUUGGAUUGUUUACUAUCCGGUCCCACUUCGGUCUCGGUCCGGGUUAUACGAUCCGGUUUCGGGUAAAACCAAAAAACCCGAACCAAAUUGUCAGCCCUAUUGUAGCUGGCAUGCACGUGAUGACUAGAAGCUUAAGUGCAAAUUAUACCGCCCAAAAAAUAAAUUAUUCAAAGGACGACGUACGCUUACGCUAUAAUAAAUAAAUACACAAGCAUGCAAGCAAGCAGUCUACAUCCGGAGCAUCAUUCUGUCGACGAGAGAACACAUAGCUAGCAAAAAAUCAGCUUAUAGAGCAAAUCGCUUCAAUGGGUUUUGACGAGCAACAGUCUCCCAAGCUUCCAUUCAUAGAUUUCUCGUCAGAACCGAAACCAGGCACUCCCUGCUGGGAUUCUCUGAAACUCCAAGUUCGAGAAGCACUCCAAGAGUACGGCUGCUUCGAGGCAACUUUGGGCGACAGCAGAGUUCCUGGCAAGCUUCGACGUGCUGUUUUCAGUUCGUUGGAAGAGCUUUUCGAUCUGCCUCUGCACACCAAGCAGCAGAGCGGCGCUUCAGAGUCAUUUCAAGAUGGCUACGCGGCGACGCCCAACGGUUUCUACCAGAGCUUUGGGAUAGAAGAUCCCAAUUCGCUCGGCGUGCUCCAAACCUUCACCAACCCUCUGUGGCCUCAUGAAGGAAACCCAAGCUUCUGCAACAACAUUCAGUCCAUGGCUGGGGUGGUCUCUGAAUUCAAUCGCACCGUGAGGAGGAUGAUGCUGGAGAGUUUUGGGCUUGAGAAAUAUGUGGAGGAGCAUCUGAGUUCCACGACAUACAGAUUCAGAGUCAUGAAAUACGAAGCUCUCCAACCUCUUGAUGCUGCGACAGAAGUACUUGGGCUGGGAGUUCACACGGAUAAGAGUUUCAUGACCAUACUCUGCCAAAACGAGGUUGGGGGACUGGCACUUCAAACCAAGAGAGGGGAAUGGGUUAAGUUCGCACCUACUUCUCCUACCUCCUUCGUCGUUCUCAUUGGCGAUGCUCUUCAUGUAUGGUUGAACGGUAGAGUUCACUGUCCCAAACACAAGGUUACGUUGUGUGAGUUAAAUGGUAAGUCGAGAUACUCUUUUGGACUUUUCACAGUCCCGAAGCCAGAGUACGUUAUAAAAGCUCCAGAAGAACUGAUCGACGAAAAACACCCGUUGAAGUUCAAACCAUUUGCUUAUCAAGAGUAUUUUGAUUUGGCUUAUAACGAGCCUGGUGUAAAAGACGCUUCUAUACUACAUGCACAUUAUGGAAUUUGAAACUUGAUCAAGGGAGUACUGACCAUUAAACUUCAACUCUUCAUGCCACAAUAUUAGUGUCUAUGCAUGGUCGGUCAACACAUAUGUAAUAAGAAUAUCGAUCAGUGUGUGUUGCCUUUACUCUAUGUGAUGAUGUUUGUUGUCCAUCGCUAUGCUAACCACAAAACAACAUAUCUAAAAAAAUCAUUUUCGCCGAAAUCAUAACCAAUUACACAAAUUAGACUCAUGGGAUAUAAACAACGAAGCCUACUCAAACGAAAACCUACCUUUUCGUGGUUUUCUUAUACGGUUUGCACAGGUUGAACAUAUCAUUCCUUGUGUUGCCAACCCAUUAGCCUUUCAGUUUGUACAAGUUGGACAUACCAUUUCUUGUACUAAAUCAUUAUUUAAAUUGUAGGUUGUCAUGAAAAUUCGAAACCAUGACCUUUCGGUUCUAAUCUCUGAUACCAUGUUAGGUAGAGGUGGCUAUACGGUCCGGUCCGGUUAAAUUGGCCCAAAUUUAUCCGGUCCAGUCCGGGUUUUUUGAAAAUAUAAGGACCGAAGAUUGGAUUGGAUACAGUCCGGUUUUGAUCCGGUCCGGUCUUGACCCGGUCCGGUCCCAAUUCGGUCUUGAUUUUAUAUUGAGAUUGUGGGAAUUUGAGUGGCCUAAGGCCUAAAAGGGUGAGGAGUUGGUUAAGUUUUGUACUAAGUGCAAAGGUUUGUGACCGUUUAUGCAAAUUACCCUUAAGUUUUGGGUGUUGAGCUCUCUUAUCCGGUCUUUAUCCGGUUUUUUACCUCAAAUCUAAGUCCAAAAAUUGGAUUGGAUUGUUUACUAUCCGGUCCCGGUCCGGUCUCGGUCCGGGUUAUACGGUCCGGUUUCCGGUUUUUCAUCCGGUCCCGGUCCAAAUAGUCAGCCCUAAUGUUAGGGAACCAACCACUUGGCCCCAAUAACUCUUAUUAAUUGGGAAAGGGUUUGUUAAGUCUUUUUAUUUAUUACAUAGGGACUCAUAAUUUGAUGUGAAACUAUAUUGUUAUAAAUAUAUGUAAUAAGUAGUUGGAAACUAAGCUUUUUUUUUUAAUAAUGUAGUUGGAAACUAAGGGGUCGUUUGCUUGUGGGAUUUGGGUGAUGGAUUUGGAACCCAAAUCCCAAGCAUCAUGGAGUUGGCACAAAUCCUUUGUUUGUUGAGGGACACAAAUCCGUGGGGUCCACGGAUUUGAACCCCUUUUUUAGAUCCAAAUCCGUGGACCCCACGGAUUUGUAAAUCCCACAUUUCAUUUGGGAUUUGACAAUAGAAGGAAAAAAUGUGAGACAAGUCCAUCACAAAUCCAUGAUAAAAAAUCAAAUAAACAAACAAUGUACUCUUCCAAAUCCAUGAUGCAACAAAACCAUCAUAAAUCCAAAGGUUUUUAAAACUCAAAACCUUCAUUUUCAAAUCCAACAAGCAAACGAGCCCUAAGUUAGAUGAGCAGUUAAGACGUCAACAUUAAACAUGAAUGAUUAGUUCUUAAUUUAUGUUUUAGUGUCGUAGUAGCUUCUGACUUAAUAAAGGUGACAACUAGAGGAGAGGGAAUCCAGCUGCCCACUUGAAAUUAUUAAAAAGUGGUAUAAGAUCCGGCAGAAGUUUUUCCAUAACAACUGGAGUUAUUGGAAUUAACUAGUUCUUGACAUAAACCAUUAUUAUCAGCACAUUAAUUAAGCUUGUUUACAAGAAAAAAAAAAUUAAGAUGACAUUAGAUU